UCCUCCUCUCUCUCCCUCUUUUCCCAGAAUGCACUGGUGUCUGAGCAGGCUGAGCUGUGCUAUAAAAAGUGGAGGAGGGGGAAAGAGUGCUGCCGUGCAGCAGGGACACUGCUCAGACACACACAGGAUCCAGAGACACACACUUGUGGACAGAGCCGCAACGUUACAGAGUUAAAAGGAAUAACCCCUUAUAGAUCAAAAUGGCAGACAAAAUCAAGGACGCCAAGAUCAUCUUCGUUGUAGGUGGGCCUGGCUCUGGUAAGGGCACCCAGUGUGAGAAGGUGGUGGCCAAGUAUGGCUACACCCACCUGUCUUCUGGGGACCUGCUGCGUGCUGAGGUAGCAUCCGGCUCCGAGAGGGGCAAGACCCUCCAGGCCAUCAUGCAGAAGGGAGAGCUCGUACCCCUGGACACAGUCUUGGACAUGAUCAAGGACGCCAUGAUUGCUAAGGCCGACGUGUCCAAGGGCUUCCUCAUCGACGGCUAUCCCCGUGAGGUCAAGCAGGGCGAAGAGUUUGAGAAGAAAAUCGGAGCCCCCUGUCUGCUGCUGUACAUUGACGCCAAGGGUGAGACCAUGGUCAAGAGGCUGAUGAAGCGCGGUGAGACCAGCGGUCGCGCUGACGACAACGAGGAGACCAUUAAGAAGCGCUUGGACCUGUACUACAAAGCCACUGAGCCAGUCAUCACCUUCUACACCAGCCGCGGCAUCGUCAGGAAGAUUGACUCUGAGCUGCCCGUGGAUGAAGUCUUCGGACACGUUGCCAAAGCUAUCGAUGACCUGAAGUAAAACGCAAACAUGACUGGAUAUGAAUUUGUUUUGGUCAUUUUUUUCAAAAUGUCAAUUUUAUGCCGAAAGAAGCUCAAAUCUGCUCAGUCACCUCCCACUGGGCACACACUGGUUGAAUCAACGUUGUUUCCAUGUCAUUUCAAUUAAAUUAAGUUGAACCAGAGUGGAAUAGA